UCGAUCGCCCCAACAAAAAGCCGGACCUUUGUUUGUCUCUGUCUGUAAAGAAGUCCUGAAGACCAGCAGCUGUCUCAACAGCCGGAACGUCCCCGGACAAAAACCCAGUCACAGGAAAGUCAACAGCGGCAGCUAAAGAGAACAUUAUUUCUUAUUUUAGAGAAAGGCAGUUUUGUGGUGCCUCCACUUGGGAGCUCCUGCAAAGAGAGGAGGGAAGUAAAAGGGUUAAUUUGUGAGGGGAAACCUGAUGCUAAUUAAGUCUUAGGAAUGCCACAUACUGACAUUGAGGUGCACAAGCCCCCACAGUGGGUCAGGCGUGGAGCGAGGCAGCAGUAAUGCGUGUGUCUAAUGUUUUCACGCUUUACUGACAGCGGGAACGCAGUCUCACCGACCUGGAGCUGAAGGUAAUGUCCUGCCUAAAGCUGCGCCCCUCGGAGUCUCUGUGUGACAAACUUUGCUUUUCGUGCGGCACCGGACGAGUUAGUGGCGUUGUCUCCGGCAUUUCACUCCUGGGAAUCAAAGCUGAUCUCGAGCUUUUGCCGUCUGUUUGAGACCAACGAUGGUUUUGCGGACGUCGGCGCUGCUGCUGCUCCUCUGGGUAUCGCUGCACGGCGCGACGCGAGCUGCGGCGGAGGUCUGCCGGGGGACGCACUGCUCCGGCGCCGGCGCCGACGCCGCAGACCCGCGGCCGUGCGCCGGGGCGCACUGUCCGGGCGGCAGAUCCCCGAGACCCAGAGCCCCCACGCAGCGUGGAGCGGCGCAGGUAGUCGGCAGCCAGCACCACGCGCACCCGAGAGCACCGUCGGAAGCCUCCGCUGCCGCGCAGCCACCGCGCGCGCGGCACGGCGGCGGCGGCGGCGGCGGCGCACGAACCAGAGCGCCCGAAGCGGCGCCUGCGGGAGGAUGCACCGCGGCGGACUGUCCCGCUCCUGCGAAAGCGUUUCAGCCCACGAACGACACCCGAGACUGCAGAGGCAUCGAGUGCCGGCUGCCGCUGACGAUACGGCCAAGGGCUCGAACAAAGCCGUGUGUGGGAGACGGAUGUGUGGCCGCGUCAGAGGGGAGCGUCUCCUCCGCCGCCAGCCAGCUUCCUCCCGUGCAUCUGUCCGACAGAGCCGCGCAGUUCCUCGGAGACUUCCCGGAGUUAGGAUAUCCCCCGCCGGAACUUGGCGGUGCGCCUCUGGGCGUCCAGCUCACGUGUGACAUCAAGCCAGGCGAGAACGAGGUGCCCUCAGAGGACGCCCUCAUCCUGCACCUGCAGCUGGCCAAGGGGCAGGAGGAGCUGGUGGAGGCCCUGCGGGCGCAGCAGGCCGUCAUCCGCGAGCUGCAGCAGAAGCUGGCCGAGCAACAGGAGGCGCUGCUGUCGCAGCAGCGGCAGAUCCUGGAGCAGCAGCGGCGCAUGUACGAGCAGAUGGACCUGGUGAAGGCCCAGUACGGCCUGCUGUCGGACACCGUCAAGCAGGUGUCCUUCCAGGGCCUGCAGGCGGAGCUGCACGGCUACUUCGAGAGCCACCUGGCGGGCCUCCAGAACCAGGCGCGCAGCCACCUGCAGAAGGCCCACGGCGCCCAGAACCCGGAGGUGCUGGACGUCGCCGGGGAGGCCCGCUUCCCCCGCCCGCUGCCGGGGUGCCCGGCGCCGUGCGCGUCGGGGCGGUUCUGCGACUUCCAGAGGGAGGCGCCGCGGUGCGAGGACUGCACCACGUGCCCGCCGGGCUUCUUUCCGAUCUCGCAGUGCUCUCCUACGGCCGACAGGAUGUGCCAGGACAGGGACGAAUGCCUGGAAAGGCCCAACGUUUGCGGGGACCGAGGGAAGUGCCUCAACACGCCAGGAGGCUUCAGGUGCCUGGGGCUGUCGGAGAGGGAGGCGGCGACGGGCUCGUGCGGCCGCGGCUACUUCUACAACCGGGAGCUGCAGGAAUGCCAGGCGUGCUCGGACUGCGACGGGCAGCCGCUCGCCGCCCCCUGCUCGGCCGCCAGCGACGCGGUGUGCGGCCGGCCCGCGGAGGGCCGCCUGUCCCAGUCGUGGGCGGCCGGCGCCGCCGUGCCCUCCGCCGGCGCCCCCGGCCGCCACAUCUUCCCCGGGCUGCAGCUCAACAUCCGGGGGAAGGAGAGCAGCGACCUGCUGCGGAGCGAGGGGCGCCAGCUGACGUUCGCGCAGCACGGCCUGGUCUGGUUCGACCACAACUUCGCCAUCAGGCACAGCUGCAGGAACUUCCUCCAGGUCGGGAUGAGGCUCAACGGGAGCCAGGAGGAGGAGUGCCGGGACCUCGGCGGCGUGCGCAUCGAGCAGCCGGACGGGAGGUACUUCCAGGGGGUGAGCGUCAGCGGCGGCGCCGAGGUGGAGCCCGGCCACACCUUCGCUCUGCUGCUGAAGAGCCCCAACCAGCACUGCAACCAGAGCAGGGACCUGCACUUCUACGAGGCGGCCGCCCCCUCCCUGAGCCUCCUCUGGCUGUCCCACGACACCGGCGCCGUGGCUCUGAGCGCGCAGAUGUCGCUGGCGGCGCACCACCAGGGCAGCUACCGGCCCACGCUGCGCGUGGCCUCCGUGUCCGACCCCUACAUGCUGGGCCUGACCCACGACGGGCGCGCGGUGCGCUUCACGGAGGGCGGCGUGGUGAAGUUCGCCCUGCAGCAGGCGCUCUACUCCAUGGGCCACAGCUGCGUGCGCGAGGGCUUCUCCCUCGUCGCCUACGCCAGCCGCAACGGGAGCGCGCAGGAGGUGUUGCGGGCCUUCAAGGCCGGCGUCAACUACCGGGACACGUCCGUCACCCUGUCGGGGGCGCUGAGCGUGGACGGCGGGGACACGCUGAGCUUCGAGGUCACGUCUCCGUCCCAGUGCAACGUCCGCUACUUCGGGGACAGCACGGGGAUCAGCGCGCUGAGCCUGUUCUGGAUCCCGUCGGCCGUGUCCUCGGCCCUGACGGCCACCGUGUCCCGCGCGGGUCUUCCCUUCGGAGCGGUCAGGAAUAAGCCCCUGUUUUUCCAGCAGACUGGUCCGGACACGCCGCAGGUGCACCUGGCCCGCUCAGGUGAGCCCAACGGCCGCAAGAACUUCCUAUUCCGCCAGAAGGGGACCGUGAACAUAGCGCUCAGCCUGAAGCUGAUCCACUCCUGUAAUAUCAUCAAACUGACUGUUCAGCGAGCGGGGCCCGCGGGUCAGGCCGGCGCCGUGGCCCAGCAGGUGUCUGGGUCCAUGCCCGAAGGGAGCGAAUGGGCCAGUAUCGGGCUGAGGGCCUCCCUCCAGGUCCACAACGGCACCGCUCUCUAUGUCACGUUGGACUGCGUCCGCGGACGGGUCAACCAGAUAACGCACGAGGGCGGCACCAACGUUUCCAUCCUCUGGGUCGCAGUGUGACCCGGAACCAGACGGAGCCUCUAAAAAACGGUUUGCACAACAUUGAAUUGCAGAGCAGAUUCAACAGUUUUGAAACAUAAGUAUAUGAUAUUAAUCUAUGUCUUAUAUUUGUUCAGAUAAUUGUUUCAAUGUCAUUUUGAUUUUUUAAUAAUGAACUGAAAGUACGGCUUCUGCUUGAAGUACUUCGGCUGGUUGAGCAGUGACCAACUCUCCACUGUGUGUGUGUGUGUGUGUGUGUGUGUGUGUCUGCAUUUAAAGUCUAAGAAUAUUCUUCUAUCUUUGCUUUUAUUUAAAUACUCUGUAUUAAAACGUUUUAUAUUAAAUCAUUAGGCAUUAAAGUAACAGAAAUAUUGAAUCAGGUUAGUGUUGAUGAGACUGGAAACUGGAGCUGAGUGGUGAAACCUUCAUAACCUGAUAGAGUAGAGUUCAGUCCACCUUUUCAGUAGAUUCGGCGAGUGGUUAGAAGAUAUUUUAAAUAAUGUGUGUCAUAUCAUAUGACUUGUUUCAAACACUGACCCUGUACUGAGUCUACUGUGGGGACCAGUCUGCACCAGUCUGACCUUUCUGCCAAACCAGUGUGCUUGGCUCACAACAGGUGUGAGUUCCUAGUUUUGCCAUACUCCUGUUUGAAAUGAGCCCAUUGUCUCCAUUUCUGUGUGCGUUUCCCUCAUAUGUUUUUUCAAAUAUGCACAUUUUCUACAAACCUUUCCUCCUGAUGCUCUGAUUACUUUGUUAUGACAGCAUUUACACUAAUGUAAGUAGAAAACCAGCAGGAGAAGCAUUUUUUGUACUUGACAGUUUUGUAUUAAUUUGUCUUGAUGCUAAUUAAAGUCUAUAUUUACACUAAAAGCACAUAUAAAACAAACAAUGUUGAGUAUGAAGCACUAAGUGAGCCGUAAUGAUCCUCCAUGAGUAAACUAUACUCCACAGUUUACUGCAUAGUAGUGUGAAUAUACAAACAUUAUACCUUCUUACUUUUUUGUUUAACUCUUUCCCUUUGCAGAGCUUGUGUCUAGAUUUCCUGCCUGUGCUGUUUAUAGAAUCAAAUUUAGGGAGUUUGCAGAGAGAGAGAAAUUCUUUAACCAGUUUCUUCUUUCAUUCGUCUUGUACCAUAGCAGUGCAUGUGUUCAUGUCCAGCGGCAAAUAAAGUGCAUAAAUAUGAAGCCAGGAAAACAGUAUUUAACUGUGAAUC